AUGCCUCUAUUCGAUACUCUCAGGACGAUCCACGAGUACACGAGAGAUCGACAGAACGACUACCAUGCUAACAACUCGAAGCUGAUACUACGCCUUGCGGAUGUUUUCUCACGCACUUGGGACCUCGGCUUUACCGCCUUUGGGGGUCCUCCAGUGCAUUUUGGAAUUCUCCAUCGACGAUUUGUAGACGGGCAUGGAGGUAAAGCACCUUGGAUCGAUGAGCAGACGUACGAAAAUGCUGUUUUUCUUCCCGGGGCUAUCGGAAUGUUUGGUCUUUCAUUGGGUGUGCAGAAGAUUUCUAGCAUUCUCCCAGGCAUGGUAUACGCCCUUUUGUCUGGCCUUAAUUCUGCUACGGUCGGACUUGUUGCACUCGCAGCGGUGCAACUCGCAGAAAAGGCCAUCAAAGAUCGGCUUUCAAGAAUUCUUGUAAUGCUCGGGGCCUGCGCUGGGAUGUGUUACAACGCGCUGUGGUAUUUUCCCGUUCUCAUCGUCAUUGGUGGCGUUGUCACGGCACUGUGGGAUGUUCAACUUCGACAGCGAGUCGUCCGUCUGAGAAAACGGAUUCAGCAGCGAAAAAGACCGACUGAACGAAUCGCUGAAGCUUCUGAUAGCAACGAGGUACAUGUGGGAUCAGACCACCUCUCAUUACCACCUCAAGCCGCAUUUGUGAAUCUGCAGCGCCGAACUGGUAGUGCGGUUGCGCCGUUGACAGCAGAUAGGCGGUCAGAGUCACCUACGCGCUCCGAGGUCGCAGCCAGCAACGGUCUUCUUCGUGUUGACGAGGCUCAAUCUACCUCAACGGACAUGCGCUCACAUGGAAUACCGGUAUGGGCUGGAUUGGUGAUUAUUGCAGCAUUUUUUGCGUCUUUCCUCAUUGUCAUCGUGACUCGAGCCGUCUUAAACUCGCCUCCUCUGCAAUUCGACUUGUUCGCGAAUAUGUACCUUGCCGGGACAAUUAUUUUCGGUGGUGGACCAGUGGUUAUUCCAUUGCUCCGUGAGUAUGUGGUUCAGCCAGGAUGGGUGUCGUCUAGGGAUUUUUUGAUCGGGCUCGCCAUAAUCCAGUCGUUUCCAGGGCCUAACUUCAACUUCAGUGUUUACCUUGGCGCUCUUGCCAUGCUGAAGACAAGCGAUCCUACUAUCCUCGGUGCCUUUAUAAGCUAUAUUGGCAUUUUCCUGCCAGGAUUGACACUCGCCGUAGGUGCUCAGGGAAUCUGGAGAGUUCUUCGAACCCGACCUCUUUUCCUCAGUCUACUUCGGGGUAUCAAUGCUACCGCAGUGGGACUAGUUUUCACAGCAGUAUAUCGACUUUGGCAAAUUGGAUAUCUGACGCCUGAGGAGAAUCAGGGACAGAGCUUGGGCAAUGAGCCAUGGUGGGUUGUUGUUGCGGUUAUCACCUACUGCGAAUGCGCCUGGUUUAAUGUCCCUGCACCGCUAGCGAUCGCCUUUGGCGGGAUUCUGGGAAUAGCUUGGUAUGGUGUUGUUAGUGCAUGA